UGUGCGGGCGCUCGCUGCGCGGCCGUGGCGGCUAUGGGGGAGCGCGGAGAGGGCAGGGCCGGCGCGUCGGGCGCGUGAGGGCGCCGGGACGGACCCGCGGGCGGGAGGCCCAGCCCGGGCCGAGCAUGAGGAGGCUUCCUGCUCUGAAUGUGUUUCUUUGCAGAAGGAAUAUUGCACUGUUUCACAAAGAUUGGACCCUUCAGUAGAAUUUGGAAAGAUCUCUGCAUAUAAAUCAAGAGCUUAUUUUUCUUGAAGACUUCUGUGCAGCUUUUAAAGUUUUAAUCACAAUGAAUUCAGGCUUAUGGAGUCAAGAAAAAGCAAGUUCGUCCUACUGGGAAGAGCGGAUCUUUUACUUGCUUCUCCAGGAAUGCAGUGUCAUAGACAAGCAGACUCAAAAGCUCUUGAAAGUGCCCAAAGGUAGCAUUGGGCAGUUUUUUCAAGACCGUUCUUCUGUGGCACACUCCAGAAAUAUUCCAUGUAAAGGCAAGAAACUGCAGAUUGGAUUAAAGAUUCUGGAACAACCUCAUGCAAUCUUGUUUGUGGAUGAGAAGGAUGUUAUAGAAAUAAACGAAAAACUAGCAGAGUUGCUUCUGGCUAUUACUAACUGUGAGGAAAGAUACAGUUUGUUUAAAAGCAAAAGCAGGUUAGCUAAAGGCGUCCAGAUAGAUAUUGGCUCACCUGUUAGAGUACAGCUGAGAUCAGGGGAUGAGAAAUAUCCUGGAGUUGUUCGCUUCAGAGGGCCCUUAAUGCAAGAAAGGUCCCUAACAGGGAUAUACUUUGGAGUAGAAUUGCUGGAAGAAGGUCGCGGUCAGGGCUUUACUGAUGGACAGUACCAAGGCAAGCAGCUUUUCAGAUGUGAUGAGGAUUGUGGGGUUUUUGUUGCUUUGGACAAACUGGAGCUGGUGGAAGAUGAUGACAAUGAACUGGAAAGUGACUAUGCAGCUCCAGUUGACACAAUGCAGGUAGAACUUCCUCCUCUGGAGAUCAACUCCAGGGUUUCUCUGAAGAUAGGAGAGAGUAUAGAGUAUGGGACAGUUAUAUUCUGUGAUGUCUUACCAGGAAACGAAAGUUUAGGAUACGUUGUUGGAGUGGACAUGGAUAAUCCGAUUGGAAACUGGGAUGGAAGAUAUAAUGGAAUACAGCUGUGCAGUUUUGCAAGUGUUGAAAGUACACUUCUUUUGCAUAUCAAUGAUGUUAUUCCAGAGACUGUGUCACAGGACAGGAGACCUCCCAAGCUUGCCUAUACCUCAAGAAGUGGUGACAAAAGCUCGUUCAAUCAUAGUAAGCCAAAGGCUAUAGGAUCUACCUCUGAACCUGGAAAUAGAAGCAGAUCUGAAGUCUUCUAUACAUUAAAUGGCUCAUCAGUUGACUCUCAGCCUCAAACAAAAACAAAACCCCCAUGGUAUAUUGAUGAAGCUGCUGAAGACCCUUCAAAAUCACUUACUGAUUCAUCUUCUGGAUUUGGGCAUUCUUCACCACCACUGCAGCCACCUGUAACAAACUCUGUGUCUACAGAAAACAGAUUUCACUCCCUCCCCUUUAGCUUGACAAAAACAACAAGUACUAAUGGUACUAUGGGACAUAGUCCUCUCUCUUUAUCUGUUCAGUCAGUCAUGGGUGAUGCGAAUACUACAGCUACCCAGGAGAGUCCAUCAACAGCAGGACCAAUUGGAAACUCACAUGGUCUUGAAGCAGGUUCCUUGGCAGAAGUUAAAGAAAAUCCUCCUUUCUAUGGAGUAAUCCGCUGGAUUGGCCAGCCCCCUGGAGUAAAUGAAGUAUUAGCAGGACUGGAACUGGAAGAUGAAUGUGCAGGCUGUACGGACGGAACGUUUAAAGGAACUCGAUACUUUACUUGUGCUCCAAAGAAAGCUCUUUUUGUUAAACUCAAAAGCUGCAGGCCAGAUUCCAGGUUUGCCUCACUCCAGCCUGUUUCCAACCAGAUCGAGCGCUGCAACUCUCUAGCCUUUGGAGGUUACUUAAGUGAAGUUGUAGAAGAAAACACUCCUCCAAAAAUGGAAAACGAAGGUUUAGAGACAAUGAUUGGAAAGAAGAAAGGUAUCCAGGGUCAUUACAACUCCUGUUACUUAGACUCCACCUUAUUCUGCCUGUUUUCUUUUAGCUCUGUUUUGGACACUGUGCUACUCAGACCUAAAGAAAUGAAUGAUGUAGAGUAUUAUAGUGAGACUCAGGAGCUGCUGCGGACAGAGAUUGUGAAUCCUCUGAGAAUAUAUGGAUACGUAUGUGCUACAAAAAUAAUGAAACUGAGGAAAAUACUUGAAAAAGUUGAGGCUGCAUCAGGAUUCACUUCAGAGGAAAAAGAUCCAGAAGAAUUUUUGAAUAUUUUAUUCCACCAUAUCCUAAGAGUUGAGCCACUAUUGAAAAUAAGAUCAGCAGGUCAGAAAGUACAAGACUGUUACUUCUAUCAAAUUUUUAUGGACAAAAAUGAGAAAGUUGGAGUCCCAACAAUUCAGCAGUUACUAGAGUGGUCAUUCAUCAACAGCAACUUGAAGUUUGCAGAGGCACCCUCUUGCCUGAUUAUCCAGAUGCCCCGGUUUGGAAAAGACUUCAAAAUGUUCAAUAAAAUUUUUCCAUCCUUGGAAUUAAAUAUAACAGACUUACUUGAAGACACUCCCCGGCAGUGCCGCAUCUGCGGAGGGCUCGCUAUGUACGAGUGCAGGGAGUGUUAUGAAGACACUGAUAUUUCUGCUGGCAAAAUCAAGCAGUUCUGCAAAACAUGCAAUACACAAGUUCAUCUUCAUCCCAAGAGACAGAGUCAUAAAUUCAAUCCGUUGUCACUUCCUAAGGAUCUGCCAGACUGGGACUGGCGGCACGGCUGCAUCCCCUCGCAGAAGAUGGAGCUGUUUGCAGUUCUGUGCAUUGAGACCAGCCACUAUGUAGCCUUUGUGAAGUACGGCAGGGACGACUCCGCCUGGCUCUUCUUCGACAGCAUGGCAGAUCGGGAUGGAGGUCAGAAUGGCUUUAACAUUCCACAAGUCACCCCGUGUCCAGAAGUUGGUGAAUACCUGAAGAUGUCUCUAGAAGAAUUGCACUCACUGGAUUCCAGAAAAAUCCAAGGUUGUGCACGAAGACUGCUUUGUGAUGCUUACAUGUGCAUGUAUCAAAGUCCAACGAUGAGUUUAUACAAAUGAUCCAGGAUCUCUGCAGAACUGAAGAGACAGUUCAGAGUUACCCACUCUUAGGUUUGCUGCAGUUUUGAGUAGUUCAAUGCAACCGUUGCUGGCAAUGGAAGAAGUUGACUAUGACAUCAAGAGGAUUUACUGUUCCAAAAACUACAUAUGGAGUUCUGUCACUGAAGUAUUUAAGCAUUUUGCACUCUAGGAAGUGUGCUUGCGUGUGUUUGUUUUAUAAACAAAGUUAAGUUACUAAAACUUAAAAGCUUUAAGUGCAUUGAUGAUACACAGGCAUUUUUGAAGUGUUAAAGGUGAAAUUAUAUGAGGAGAAAUCUCCUUAUCCAUUGGGAAUGUAAGGAUACAGUGUUCUAGUUCAGUGCUUUUCUGUGGACAGGGAUUCUCGUGUUUCUCUACACCCACCCUGUCUCCUCACCCUUGAUCUUUUUAAUGCAGUAGAUUCUCUCUGAAAGAGAGAAUAACUUCAGUUUAAUAAGAUAAAUUUUAGACUGCUCAUUGCAUAUUAUGUUAUCUACUACAUUCUUUUCAGUUCCAAAAAUUAACAUUCAUUUAAAGAUCUGAAUCACUGUCUUGCAAAAAUCAAGCACACAGACUUGCUGUGUUGUUAAGUUGCAAUUUUUGGAGGGGAAAGAGAGGAAAAGAAGAGGGCAUUAAGGGGACGCUUAAUUGCUAAAAUAUAAAAUUAGCAAUGAAAGUUAACAGAUGGCUUUUUCUAAGUGUCUAUUUUUAAAGAAACAAAGCAGUCUGGAACAGAACAGCAACUGUACACAAAUGAUUCCAGGACAAAACAAUAAAAUUCAUGGAUUGCCUCAGGGAAUGUUACUGAAGUGAAUUCUAGUCCUUGGUAAACAAAACUGACUUUUCUACAGUACAUUAAGCUACUGCCUGGGAAUAUGUUAUACAUCUGACUCUUCAUUUCAGGAUUAGUAAUAUUAAAAAGAGAAUAUUAAAAAUCUCUGCCUGGAAAGAUGAAACUAUAAAUAAAGGUAGAUCAGAGUUUUACUGUAUACCAAGUACCUGAUGAAAACUAACUUGAAAAGCUGCAAAACCUGUGUUAAUGUAAAAUACUAUACUUUGAAGUCUGUUGGUUCCUGUUUGCAAUGAAAUACUGUUGUUUUAGUUGCCUUUUAGCUACUUCUGUCUACACUGACUAGCAAACAUGCAACUAUAUAUAUACAGUAACAUCUGGUCGUACAAAUUGCAUAUAUAUGAACUGUACAUUUUCAACUCUUAAAAUGUUUUAUAUGGAAACUUCCUUUUUGGGAUGAAGUCUAUAGAAGGGAAGAGAUAACAAAAUACAACAGAGGAAAAGCCACGUGAAAAAGCCACUGUUAUAGAGGCAAUGGAGACUGAUCCCUUAUUGUAGAAAAUGUGGUUACUUUGUUUUUCUUGGAAAACCUAGACUCUUUCUUUGGGACACACUCUACCAUAGGAUGGUAGUAGAGAGAGGUUUGAAAACUGCUUGAAGGACUACUCUGUGUAAAGCAGGGGGUGCUGAGGGGGUUGAUCUGUUCCAUUAGCCUUUGCAUGAAGUGUGCUGUAAUCUUUCACUCAAGAGUGAAAGGUUGUUAGAAGUGUCACUGUUGCUUUUGCCUCCAAGAGUCUCCUGGCUUUCAUGUUCCCUUGCCUUAUUUAUCCUGUCUGUGCUCCUUGGCAAAACUCUUUUGUUUCAGUACUACCCUAAGCUCUUGACCUCUUUCUCUCCUGAAAAAAUUCAGUGAGGUUUUAGGUGAUGGAUUCUAUAACCAUCUGUCAAUGGAUUGGUUAUUGUCCAUGGGCAUUUCCUCAGCUGCAUCCGCCCUGCUUUGGGGCAGCAGCUCAGCUGUGUUGACAAAGAUGCCACCAAAGCAUCUUGUAGGUAACGAGAGUAGGGGCAGCCUGUGUUCAUUCCCAUGGGCUGGAGCCCACUGGGCAAUCUGAGCAGCAGGUUUGGUAGCCCACCCUUGGCUGUGUAUUGAAGAGGAGGAUUGGCUGCAGCAUCCAUGUUCCUCAAGUGAUGUUUUUAGAGCCCUGUUUGCAAAGCAAAUGCUGAGGGGCCUUGCCAAGAAAGACAAUAGUAAUAGAAUAGACUCAACUUACUCUGCAAGGUUUGAUCCUUUUAGCCCCAAGCCCACUGUGUCCCAACCUGGAAGGAGGUGCAAGCAGCGUCCCCUUUGAACGAGGAGCAAACACAGGCCCAAGCACAAACCUGUACCCAUAAGACCAGUCUGCAUGUGUGGAUUCUUUCUCUUCCCUAGCCCUAGAUUUAUUUUUGACUUUCCCCAAUGCAUUAAUUUCAUGUCUUCCACCAGUGUCAUCUUUCCAACCCUCCCAGCCUCAUUACAUAUAGUUACCUCUUGCUGCCUGAGCUUGGAGAACAGUCUUGGACCUGCUAUGGCCAGAGGAGAGAAUUGGAAUUGGCAGCCAUAUUAAAGUUUCCUAGGUGAAUAAUCUUGUAGCAAAAUAUCCACUCUUUUUUACUGGAAUGUAUCCAGCUUGUCAGGAUACUCUUAUUAGCAGAAAUGAAUUGAUACAGAUGGGUGUAAAUGAGCUGCUUGGCUUCUUGCCUCCAAUCUUCUGGCCUUUCAGUGGAAAAGGAAAAGAAGUGGGGACUCUUCCUGUGAGACAUGUAGGGAGUAUUCUUUACUGUGCACACUUCUUGGUGACAAAUACUGUGUUUGGAAGGGCAGGCAGUGCUUUACAGCCUGCAUUUUGUACUAUAGAUUACUGCCAAAUGGUAAAUAGUUUUGCAAGCAGUAGUGUAUGAUUACAUGGUUGGUUAGUUGUUUACUGGUGAAGAGGGCAGAGAUGUCUUCUGUAGCAUGCACAAAAAAAUUAGUUUUGGCAAUCAAGGAGUCUUCUUUUGAUCUAAAAUGUAUUGCUGUGUGCUGUACUGCACAGCAUUGGAGGUGAUCUGGCAAUGUAAAUGAAAUGUUAAGAAAUAACCCCAAUUUUAUUUCCUUUCUCAGAAACAAGUAUACAAACAGAAACGUGAUUUCACUGUGAAAGGAAACUUGUGAACUUACAUGCAUAACUUAUAUGCAAGGGUAAAAAAGGCAGACUUUUUUGUGGUUUUUUUAAGCCUUCAGCAUAUAUUUGUAGGGGAUUUGAAUAAGCUAUUUUGAAGCCUGCAUUUUAAGCAUUUACUGCUGUUAACGGUAAUGCCCAAAGAUUCCAGUGACUAAGCACCCAAUGUUUAUGUUGUUUAAUGCAUUUGGAAACCUCCCAAUCAGUUCUUUUCCUUGUUUUUAUAUGGCGAAUGUCCCCCCAAAUUAAUAGCACUUAGAUCAUUGCUUCAUGGUUUGGCUCAUAAGUACUGCUAAACAAUGGCCUUAACGUGAGUAGGAAAAUACAUUGACAACGUGGUUCCUGUCAGCCUGUAAAAAUGUAAAGUUUCAUAGGACAUAAACUUUUGUAGCUGGGAAAAAACCUUCACCCCAUACAACUUGCCUGCUCUGCUAAACAUUUUUAGAACUAGGGGUUCAAAAUGGAACAAAUCACUGUGCCACUAAAUCCUUGCUUAUUUUGAAUAUGGAGGGUAAAGAGAAGGUAUUAGUUAAAGGUGAUGCCUUACAGAUUUACUCAAGCAAACAAAAUCCUUCAAGAAUACCCCAACCAAACCCACCAUAAGUUACAUCAGGCUUGUCUUGGGUGGGGCAGAUAAUUGGAGGAAAAAAUACAAAAAAUAUCUAUGUUCAGUAAAGGUCUUUCUAAUAUGUGAUACUGAUUCUGUGCUCUUGAAAAUUGUAAUACUGUGUUGUACUGAACAGCCUGUGAGAUUCCCAUUUUAAGCAAGUACUCUGUGUAACAAGAAUUGCUCUUGCUCAUAAAUGGUUCAUUUCAAUGCACUUAUUUUUCUUGUGCACUUUAUACUGCACUGAGCUGGGCGUGGUCACCAUGAUCCCUGACAAUUGCCUGUUCCAUACAAUACCAAGGCACCACCGUGCUGCACACCAGGCUGGUGUGGUUUCCCAACUGAGCUGGUGUAAAAAGCAGCUUGAAAGCUCUGUAUUUUUACCACUGUAACAAAGCAUGUUUUUAUCUGUUCUUGAUGUUUUGCUAAAUAAACAUCCCAUGUUUUGUGCACAAAUAGUCUCUUGAACUUACAAGGCUGUCUCCAAGAAGGCACUAGGGAAACAAACCAUUGGAUCAGGUUGCCCUCAACUAGCCUUAAUUUAUUUUUUUUUUCCAAUGAUAGGGCUGAAUGAGCUGCUGCUGGAAAGGAAUGUACUAUGUGCUCUUUCUGUAUUAAUAUUAAUUAAAAAUAUUAUUCUUA